AUGUCAUCCGCAAAGAAAGGCAACUUCAUGGAACUGGUAGAAUUGCUCUCAAACUAUGACCCCAUUUUAAAGGAACAUUUCAUGAUCCUGAAACAUGCUGUUGCAUCUGGGAAGAGAAUGACUUCCUAUUUGUCUCCAAAAAUUCAGAACAAAUUAAUUUGUCUUCUGGGGAAUCACAUGAAGGAGAAAAUAGUGGCUGAUAUCAA